AGGCAUCCGCUGCGCUGCACGAAAAAGAAACUUCGAGGAAAGAUGCACGAAGAGGAGGAUGGCAGCGAAGGAGACUCCUGCACAACCUCGCGGAGUCUGGCCUCCAGGUCUGUGGAUGUGGCCGAGGUCGAGGGAGCGAAGGAGCAGCCCUCCAAACUGUGCGGCUACUUAAACAAACUAUCCGGCAAGGGGCCUCUGAGAGGGUACAAGCUGAGGUGGUUCGUGUACGAUCCGAGGAAAUGUUAUUUGUAUUACUUCAAGACUCCCCAAGAUGCCUUGCCGCUCGGGCACAUCGAGAUAGGCGAUGCUUGCUUCAGCUACGAUGUGGAGGUGGAAGAGGGUCAGUUUGAGAUCCGCACGACCGGGAAGGAGUUUCUCCUGAAGGCUCCCAAUAGGCAGGUGAUGCAUUACUGGCUCCAGCAGUUACAGCAGAAACGUUGGGAGUACAGCAACACUAGAGGCUCCGGUCAGCGAGACAGCUGGAGUUCCCCAACCCUGGCCUACCCUCCCACCGGCCUCGUAGGCAAAGAUGAUGCGCUUGUCUUUGAUAAGCUAAGUGACAGCAUGGAGAAGGUCCGCAGCGACUUUGCCAUGGAGACAGAAACAGAUGGCGGGGGAAUGGUGGGGAUCCAGUCAGCCAGAGGGCCUUCUGCUGCGUCCACAAACCCCCUCAACUUCUCCCUCAAAAACUUCGGUACAGAACUCCGGAACUCCAUGUCUUAUCUGCGGCCGGGGAGAGGAGCUGACAGCAAACGCAGUGUGUUUUAUACCAACAGCAACAACAGCGCAGAGGACUGGGAGCUGGUGGAUGCUUCAUCCAAGGACUUCCCUGAACAUAAACCUCAUGCAGACACACACAGACAUUCUUUUGGAUCAACGUUUACUUUCGAUUUUGUGCGCAACUCAGCGCGGCCUAGGAAGCCUUUGCUUCGAGACAUGAUGGGCUCUGGGAGGUUUGGGCGCAACGCUGAGACGCGCAGUGCAGAGAACUCCCCGGUGGAGUUUAACGGCAGCAAACCGUUGGAGAUGCAGCUUCGCCUCCAGAGCCAACAGGAAGACCUACGCCGCAUGCAGCAGGAACAGGCCAAACUCAGAGAAGAGCUGGCCAGUCAGAAGGAGCUGGUGAGACUUCUGCAGCAGACUCUGAGAACCUCCCAGUGCGAUAGGCAGCCAGUGCACCGUCCAGCUCCGGCUCCAGAUUCAUCUGCGUCUUCAGACCAGACUCAAGGUUCGGCAGUAACCCACGAAGAGAUCGCCCAGUCGGAGGCUCUACUUCAGGAAAGGGAUGGACAGAUCCAGUCCCUGUGUGGCCACAUGGAGCACCUCGCCUUGGAGAAGGAGAGUCUGCAACAAGAGCUGAAGGGCCUGAAGAUAAAGGUUGGGGAGAUAAACGACCAGCUGGGGAUGCUGAUGGAGACCAUUCAGGCCAAGGAUGAAGUCAUCAUCAAGCUGUCGCAGCAGAGCUCCGAGCAGUGCGGCAAUCCAAACGACGGUUCUCCGCCUCCCAACAAAGACCAGCAGGAGGUGGACAUCCUCAAGGACAGCCUUCAAGGCUUCAAAUCCCAGAACAAGUUCCUGAACAAGGAGAUCCUGGAGCUGACAGUAUUACGCAGAAACGCAGAGAGUAGAGAAAAGACUUUAGAAGCAAAGUAUACGGCCCUGCAGGCCAUGUUGUGUCAGGUGGAGAGCAAGUAUCUGGUGCUGCUUCAAGAAGUGAAGAACCCGGUGUGCUCGUCUUCAGAGCAGAGCCCAGCCCGAGAGGUCAUCUCCAGAUUAUUAGAGGACGCGCUGCAGGCAGAGAGCUCCGACCAGCAUGAUCACCAUAUCUUUAAACCAAACACGGUCAGUGAGUAUGACACGUUUGGCUUCAAGACUGUCCCUGAGGAGGAGGAAGAGGAGGAGAAGCUGGAUGCGAAGAUGAGAGCUCUGGAGCUGAAGUCCCUAUCCAUGACGGAUCAGGAAGUGUCCGUCGGGGUGAAGUGGGAGAACUUUCUGGCCGGCACCAUAAACAGAGAUCUGGUGCGCUCCCCUGAGCUCAAGGCCCUGUUUCGAUGUGGCGUGCCCCACGAGCACCGCUCGCAGGUGUGGCGCUGGUGUGUCUCCUUCCAUGUCAAGAAGUUCCGGGACCAUCUGGCGCCCGACUACUAUGAGACCUUACUAAAUGUGGCCCGGGACAAGCCCAACCCGGCCUCGAAGCAGAUCGAGCUGGACUUGCUGCGUACUUUGCCCAACAACAAGCACUAUUCUUCCCCGAGUGCAGGCGGCAUCCUGAAACUCAGGAACGUCCUGAUGGCUUUCUCCUGGAGGAAUCCAGAUAUCGGCUACUGCCAGGGACUAAACAGGCUGGCAGCCAUUGCCUUGCUCUAUCUGGACCAAGAGGACGCCUUCUGGAGCCUUAUAGCCAUUGUGGAGGUCUUCAUGCCAAGAGACUAUUACACAAAGACUCUGCUUGGCUCACAGGUUGACCAGCGCGUGUUCAAGGACCUGAUAAGUGAGAAGCUCCCGCGGCUUCACGUCCACUUUGAGCAGAACAAGGUAGACUUCUCCCUCAUCACCUUCAACUGGUUCCUGGUGGUGUUUGUGGACAGUGUGGUGAGCGACAUCCUCUUCAAGAUCUGGGAUGCCUUUCUAUAUGAAGGUCCAAAGAUCAUAUUCCGCUUCGCCCUCGCUCUCUUCAAGUACAAAGAGGAAGAGUUUUUGAAGCUGGAGGAUUCCACAGCUAUCUUCAAAUAUCUCAGAUACUUCACACGCACAAUCCUGGAUUCAAGGAAGUUGAUGAACAUCGCUUUCGGUGACAUGAACCCGUUUCCCAUGCGGCAAAUCCAGAACCGCCGUUCCUUCCAUCUCGAGAAGGUCCGUCUUGAGCUGACCGAGCUGGAGGCGAUCAGACAGACCUUCCUCAAGGAGAGAGAGACGAGUCAGGACAGACGGAGCUUCGUCAGCGACGAUGAGGAGGAUAACUGAUCUUAAGCUUGUCGCUGAAGAAUGAAGACAAAGAGAUCAGAGAUGUGUGGCAGUUUUUGAAGCAAUUUCUUUCUAAAGGAUUUUUGGAGUUGGUUUCCAAAUAAGAGCUGGACAAAAGACCAAAAACAUUACAAGCUGAAUCAGUAUUCCUGCCAUUUAAAAAAAAAAAAUCCCGCUUUAUUUGUUGUAUGUUUGUGUGUUAAUGUCACAGCCAAAUGUCUAUCCACAGCUCUUCAACCAUCAAUGCAAAGCUACACUCUAUCUCCGAAUCAGUAUUUCUUUUUUUUAGAAACAUGGCUGUGAUCUUUUAUUAGUUGGAGAAAUUAUUACAUUUUAUUACUCUGGUUUUCAUUUUUGCUUUCUCUGCGACCAGCUCCUUUCAUACACAUUUUAAGAUUGUUUACCAAAAGCUUUUUAUUCGACAUUUUCCACAUUUCCACUCAACAACACAGAUUUGUGUUCGAGCCCUGUGUCUCUAAAUGCACUUGAAUCACUUAUGCGGAAAUUCAAAGUUUGCUGAAACUUAAAAUGAAGUCUUUAGAGCUAAAGUCGUUCCAAAAUUGUACAUAUCAUCAGCCUCUCGGGGUGUUUGUAGUUAAAAAGAAUACACACAAAGGUGGUAUAAAGAGUCCCAUGUAUUAUCUCUUUCACAAACAGCAUGUGGAACAUUUUGGGGAAGGCUUUUCUCCAUUUCUAUUAUCUCAGGAUUCAGAUCGAAUAAGAGAUUGUGAUUGUUUUUCUAGGAGUAUCAUUCUUAAUGUUAUUUUAUACUUAAGUACCACUUAAUUACUUAUUUUUUCCCCAGAGAAAUGUCUGAGAAGCUUUGCACCUAUAUGUGUGCUUAAACUAAAGGAACAUUGUGUAACCAACACAGGAUUUGGUUUGCUUUGAAAAUUGAGAAAUUUGAAACACCAUAUCAGUGGAUCCCUACACAUGACUUGAUUAUCUGACUAUUUUAUUAUAACUAUUCCAAAAUAUGUGUCUUAAGAUUAAUUUGCCUUGUUUUAGUAAUGUUCUUGAUUUUUCCGAACUUUAGCUGGGGUUGUUAGGUGACAUGGUAUACAUGCAUAAUGCUGGGAUUACUUGUAUUUGCAUUCAUUGUCCUCAGUGUGGCAGUGUAACAUUUCUCUCCAGUGUUUCACAGCUACCCUCCACACCGUAUGAUUUAUAGAGAUAAUAAUACCGUCCUGAUGAAAUGGCUGUGAAGUCAGUCUGUCAACAUUAUCGUGUUCAAAAAUGGAAACAUGAUUUGUAUCUAUGAGAGAAGUGUUUCAGGACUUUUCUUGACAUGUGUAGCAACCUCUUUCUUCCACAUCCAGGUACUUACAGAAAAACAAUGUAUUCUUUAGCACUGUAUUACACCUGUUUUACAAGUUCUACUGUUUAAUGGUCAAAGUUGAUAUACUUGCUUAGAAAGAAACCAUUUUUAUAUUUGGUUGAUCAACAGUGUAAAACAGUUGAAUGGGAAUCUACAAGAGAGGACUAUUUUAUUUUACUUAAUCCCUUUUCCACUGCUGAUAUAUUGUUUAAAGUUACUAUUCUUGUCCUUUAUUUUUAUAUUACUUUAAGCUGUUUACAGAUUUUUCUUCGCUGUAAAUUACAGAAUUUACUUCUUUUUUUUUUUGCCUAACUUUUUGUUAGACCACUACUUAUGAACAAUUGACAAAAUGAUGGUUGUUUUUAAUGAUGGAAAUGUGAAUGGAGAUUGUGAAAGUAGAGAUUGAAUUAGUUUUUCUCCAUGAGAGCAGGUCUCUCUGGAGAUUUUGAUCGGUUUAAGACUGAACGUUUUCUUAGGCCCACUCGUGUUGUCAUCGGGCUCAUACAGUAGGUUUACACUUAUUUUAAUACACUUCUGUUCUACGGUUAGUUUGCGUUCAUCUUUUGUUUUGUCAGUUUCAUUUUCACAUGGAAUAAGCUACAUUUAAUUUCAUCACUUUUUUCUCUUUCUUUCUUUCCCAGCAAUGUAUUGCACAAGUGUAACGACAAGAUGAAUUCAGAAUAUUACAGGGCGCUUCACUUUUUUGUAUGUAUAUCUCUUUUGUAUCUUGUUAAUCUGUAUCAUUUAAUUAUGAAGAGUGCAAAGCUUUUAUGUUACAGAAUUAAAUAUACACCACUGUAUGUUCAAAUUCAAUAAGCAUUGGCUGGCUGAGUGAGAUCUGCAGGUGUUCAUAUUAAAAAUAAAAAAUAAACUUGCUGUA